AUGAAGCCAAUCGAAGACGAAGAAGACGAUGUUUUCCUCAGCAAGUACCAGCCAUCGGAGCUUAAAGUUUCUUCGGAAUUUCUAACGACGUGGCUUCCUUUCUUAUCUAGAGAUCUCUGCAAAGACUGCGUCCAUCUUCUCUCCCAUCGAAUCCGUUCUCUAGACCCAGAGCAUUGUAGUAAUAAGGUAGAGACGGUUAAUGGAGAAGACAAAGCUGUUUCUGAGACGGCGAGUCCUGUAAUGGCUUGGGCUGAUAUGGCACUAGAAGAUUGUCUCAAGGAAUAUGAAAAGAAGGAGAGUGAAGAAUUAGAUACAGAGGAAGUUGAAGACUCGAUGAAGACUCCGGAGAAGCGUAAACUGUCUAGAGAGGAAAGAGAGCAGUAUCGGUUUAUGAAUGUGAAGAGAAUGGAAGUGUUUUCAUGUUUUGAGAGAGUUGAAGGAAAGCGCGUUAACAUUCUCGAAGGGCUUGAGUUGCAUACCGGUGUUUUCAGCGCGGUCGAGCAGAAGAGGAUCGUUGAUCAUGUCUAUGAACUACAAGAGAAAGAGCGUACUUUUACUGCUCCGCAUAAGUGGAUGAGAGGCAAAGGACGUGUCACUAUUCAGUUUGGAUGUUGUUAUAACUACGCAACAGACAAAGCAGGAAACCCACCAGGGAUUCUUAAAAAUGGAGCGGUUGAUCCAAUACCGUCGCUGUUCAAAGUGAUAAUCAGAAGGUUGAUAGGUUGGCAUGUGAUUCCUCCGACUUGUGUACCGGAUAGUUGUAUUGUCAAUAUAUAUGACGAAGGAGAUUGUAUACCUCCGCAUAUCGAUAACCUUGACUUCCUUCGACCUUUCUGCACAAUCUCGUUCCUCAGUGAGUGUGAUAUUCUCUUUGGAUCAAAUCUCAAAAUCUUAGGCCCUGGUGAAUUCUCCGGUUCUUACUCCAUACCUCUUCCUGUCGGAUCGGUUCUAGUCCUAAAGGGGAAUGGAGCCGAUGUCGCUAAGCAUUGUGUACCUGCGGUUCCCACAAAGAGGAUAUCGAUCACGUUUAGGAAAAUGAACGAGUCGAAAAGACCAUUCGGAUUCACACCGGAACCUGAUUUGCAAGGGAUUAAGCCGUUGCCAUACGAACAUACAGCGCCGACGAGUGCUGCUGCUGAAGCCAUUAGCUCUUCAAGAUCAAACGAUGACCAAAAUGGUAGCAAUUACAACAAGCGAGGAAGCAAGCCUCACGAGCCGAGAGGUUAUCGUUCUGAGAGUCGAGAGUGGUCAUCAUCAUCAAGCCAAAGAAAUGGAAUGUCACGACACACUCAUAACCGAGAGUUUAGACCCAAGGUUAAAGCUAGCUCCGACAACGUCUGA